GCUGCCCCUCAAGCCCUGAAAGGUCACACUGAGAUCCCCCCGUAUGUGGCGAGGCAGAUUCUCCAGGAGAGGGCCCAUGGAGGAGCGUCUGGAGGCUCUGUGAUUCACCUUUGCUGUCUGUGCUGCAGCAGAAGGGCUCUGCCAUGUGCUGGGGGGUGAGCAAUUCCCUUUUCUGAGGGCAGCAGUGACUCUGAGCUGGCUGCUCCCCGCUGCCAGGCGUGGCACCCAUGGCAGGAGCCGUGCGCAUUGGGGACCAGCUCAUCCUGGAAGAGGACUACAAUGAAUCCUACGUUCCCAGGGAGCAGGAAAUCCGGGAUUUUGCACCAACAAUUGGGAUUGACCCCGACAAGGAGUCUGAGCUGCUGUGGCUGGCCAGGGAGUGCCUGGUGACCCCAAUGCCCCCCGAGUGGAAGGCCUGCCAGGAUAUUGCAGGGGGUGACAUCUAUUUCUUCAACUUUGAGAGCGGCCUCUCCACGUGGGAGCACCCCUGUGAUGAGCACUACAAGCAGCUGGUCAUCAGGGAGAGGGAGAAGCUGCUGGCACGGGGAGGCUUGAAGAAGGAAAAGAAGGAGAAAAAGGAGAAGAAGGAAAAGAAGGACAAGAAGGAGAAGAAGGAGAAGAAAGAGAAGAAGAAGGACAAGAAGGAGAAGUUCCUGAAGCAGCUCCCUCCCCCAGGCUCCCAGCUGGCUCCCAUCCAGCCCCCCCUGGGCAGCCUCUCUCCUCUCCGUGGCCUCACCCCGUCCUCCUCCAUCGCCCUCCGUGGCUCCCUGAGCCUGGACCUGGGGAAUGUGGUGGACUCCAGCCUCGGCCCCAAGGAAGGAACGCUGCCUGCAGAGAUCCCAAAGCCCAGCAGCCACAGCAAGAACCUGCUGGAUUUGAUCUGUGAAGAAAAGAGUUCCUUGAACGUGGCAGUGCCAGAGAAAUGGAGAAAUGAAGAUGAAGAAAGUGAAAAUGAGAGUUUCCAUGGGACCUCAAGGCUGUUAAAAAACGUGUACCUGGACGUUGAAGCCCUGGCAGGCAGCUUUGACUUUGAGCUUUCAAAGGCAUCCGGGGGCAGUGGCUGUGAGCAGGACUUGCCUGUCUCCAAGUGCUCUGACCAUGAGGUGGCUCAGCCUGAGGGCUUGGACUCCAAGAGCCAGCUGUCUGAGGAGGUUCUGGCUGUGGGGACUGUGUCUCCUGGUGUGGACAGCCCUGAGUGCCAGGCCCAGGAGCUGGGAGAAGAGGAACAAGACCAAAGCAAAGCCAGUGUGGAGGAAGAGCAAAGGAAAGGAGCAGAAGCUGCUGAGAGGCAAGCUGAGAAGGAAAUGGAGCAGUCCUUGAACCAUUCUCAUGAUGAAUCCCUGGAGGAAAUAGCCCAGGAGGUGGAGACAGACCUGGAGCAAGAGGAAAUACAUUUAUUUCAAGCAAAGGAGGAGAAAAUCCAGCAGUUCCAGGAGGAGAUGAAGCAGAAGGAGGAGGAGGCAGCUGAAAAGCUUCAUCAGCAAAAGGAAAAGCCCCUCAGCGUCCCAGAAGAAGAUUUAGCAAAAUCUGAGCAGGAAGAGGAAGAGUUGCUUCUCAGAGAGGAAAAAGCCAAGAGACUGGAAAAGCUACGAGCCCAAAUGGCCUCAGAGGUGGAGGCAGAGGAGGAGAGGAUGAGGGCAGAGCAGGAGGCCACGCUGCAGAAGCUCAGGGAAGAGUGGCAAUGCCAGCAGCUGGUGGAGGAGAAGAGCCUGCAGAGGAAGCAGCAGCUUGCCCUGCAGGAAAUGCAGCUGGUAGCAGAGGAGGCUCAGCAGAAGGAGAUGGGCAAGCUGGAGCAGGAGAAGGAAGAGUUCCUGAGCCAGCUCAGGGGCAGGUUAGACAGCGAGAAGAAGAAGGCAGCAGAGGAGCUGCAAGAGCAGUUUGCCAGUGAGCUCCAGCAGCUGAGAUCUGCAGCAGAGGAGAAGCACCGUGAGGCCAUUUCCAGCCUGCAAGCCCAGCUGGCAGAGGCACAGAGCAGCCAGGAGGCCCAGCUACGUGAGGAGCUGCAGAGAGCAGAUCAGAAAGUGCAGGAAAAAGCCCUGAAAGUGAAGGAGUACGAGCGUGAGCUCAGCGAGCUGAUGAGCGACAGGCGGCGGGAGGUGGAGAAGGAGCACGAGAGGAGAAUGGAGAGGAUGAGAGAGGAGCACCGGGAGGCCCUGGCACGGAUCCAGCAGCAGUACGAGGAGGAGGAGCAGAGGCAGAGGUCGCAGCUGCUGGAGGGGCUGCGCUGCGAGGCCGCGCGGCUGCGGCAGCUCCACGACGCCGACGUGAAGGGGCUGCAGGCAGAGCUGGAGGGGAGGCUGACUGCCCUGCAGCAGAGGCACAGGGAGAAGCUCCCCGUGCAGGAAAGAAAGCUCCAGGAUUCAGAGAACGAGCUGGAGAUCCGCAUGAAGAACAUCCAGGCCAGAUCAGAGCAGCUCCUGAGCCAGGAGGAGUCCCUGCAGAGGAGGAGGCAGCUGCUGCUGGACGAGGACGGACGGAUGCAGCUGGAAAGAGACGAAGCUGCUCUGGCCUCUCAGCUGCGCCUGGAGGAGAGCAGGAAGGAGCACUCCAGCCUGCUGGAGUCCAUCCGGGAGCUGCGCAGGACCCUGGAGGAGCUGCAGGACCAGAAGGCUGAGCUGGAGGCCCAGGUGGAGCUGCUGCAGAGCCGGAGCCAGAGGCUGCACAAACGCAUCGGAGAGCUGGAGGAAGCAAUCAGGAGCAAGCAGGAGGCUCUGAAAGAACUGGAGGCAGAAGAAAGUGUGGAAUCUCCAAGAAAGAAAGCUGAGCUCUGUGUUGAAGACCUGAGAGAAGCUCCUCAAGCUCACUCAUCCAGAGAGCCUUCCCCAGCCUCUCAGAGCCCCGAGGAGAGCGACCUCCCGCUCGACCGAGUGCAGAGCUACCUCUCGGCAGAGGGGCAGUCCCUGCGGAGUGCCAAGGAGUUCCUGCUGCGCCAGAGCCGCUCCCUGCGCCGGCGGCGCUCGGCGCUGCGGGCUGCCAGCCUGCAGUGGCGCCAGGAGCUGCGCAGGGCCCAGGGGAGCGUGCAGGAUCCCCACAGCUCCCAGCUCCUGCAGGGAGUGCGCCACAGCCUGGAGGAGGAGGCAAAGGAGCUGGACAAGAUGAAGUCAGCCAUGCAGAAAGGACAGGUGCUGCUGAAGAAGAAGGAGGAGAAGCUCAGCCAGCUGGAGUCCUCGCUGCUGGAGGAGCUCUCAGAUGAAGAUACACUGAGGAGUUCUGCAUGCAAGAAGGUGGUGACGUUUGAUCUGAGCACCUCUGAGGACACAAACAGCACGUCCAGUGUCAAUCUGGGCCAGCCUAGAUCUGACUUGAGAAUGGAUUUCUGGCCCGCGCUGCAGCAGGACAAGAUCCAGCACCUGAGGGACUCUGUGCAGAGCAUCAGCAGUGAGCUGAACGGGGUCCUGGGGCUCCUGGACUCCCUGAGCCAGCACCAGCCCCCUCUCCUCACCUCCACAGCCCCUCAGGGCAUCCCUCUUGCCACCCAUCCCUCCUUGGCAGGCCUGGGGGGGAGCAGCUCCCUGGGGAACCCCCCCAGGGCGUCCCCCCUGGAGCAGAGGGCCCGGAGCAGCAGGCCCAGCUCUGGUUACUCCAUCUCAGGGCAGUCAGUGGACAACCUGCUGGCAGAGAAAUGGCACAGGUAUUUCCCAGGUGGGCUCUCCUCGCUCACUGGGACUCCUGUGCCUCUGGACAGCAAGCUGGGCUAUGUCCCUGCAGAUGAACAAAUCAGGCACUUCCAGCAUUCCAAGUUCAGUGAGCCAGAGACAAGGAAUAUUGAGGGGAUGAUUGAGAGCAACAAGAAAUGGCUGAAAGGCUUCAAGAAGGAUUCCAAAGUAGCUCUCUCCCCACGGGCACAGAAGCCCCCAGGCAGCAGCCCCAGCCUCCUGCAGCUGGGGCUGGAUGAAAACAGAGAGAUCAAGGUGUACCACUACUGAAAGCUGCCGAGCCACUGGCCCGUUCCGGCUGCCGAGGACGCUGCACUUCAAGGGAGCCCAUCUGUGAGAAACCAUCUUCAAAGCCUUUCUCCUGAGACAGCUGCUGGGGGGAGGCUGUGAAGCUGCUGCCCCACACCCCCCGUGCUGUGAGAGCCCCUCGGGUGGGCAGGGGGGGAGCCCCCUGCUCUGCUCCCUGGGUGCAGUGUGCUGGCACACGCCCUCAGCCUGGCACGGGGAUGUUUACAUGCACAUGAGAAAUAUAUUUUUGAUGAACAUCAUUUUUAAAACUCUGAAGAAUGUAUUUAUUUUGUUUUUCCUUGCUGUUUUUCUAGAAUUUUUGUAAUUGCUCAGUAGCCUUAUUCCUUCCUAGGAGAGGAGGGAUCCAGACACGGGUAUCCCCUCUGCUGUUGGAUUGCACAAACCCCUUCCUGCAGGGAUUUUGCUUUUAGUUUGCUGCACUCACAGGACAUAUGGCAGUCCUUCCAGUCAGGGGUUUUAGAAGGGACCCCACAGUUGUGGUUGCUGUGGCCAAAGCCAUAUCACUGAAUCCAUUCUGUGUUUUGGGAGAGCCAUGCAUUAAUGAUGCAGGGAAAUGCCAGGUUUUUUAACAAUAAUUGGUUUGAAACAUGCUCCUUUUUCCUGUUAAAACCCGGGAUAGCAGCUGUAUCUGUUUUGUAUAAAUUAAAUCAACGUGAGCCUGUUUUGUA